GUGAAGAACACAGACAUGAUGCACAUGACAGGCAUUCAGUGGAGUGCAUGGGCCCUGUUAUUGUGGUCCCAGCAACUUACUGCGAGCACCCUACUAGACUGUAGAGAUGAUCAAGGCAGCCUGAGCCGCUGCACCUCCAUCUCCCAGGAGAAACUUCUGGACCGAGUCAUCCAUCAUGCUGAGCUAAUCUACCGCGUCUCAGAGGAACUGUGCUCUUUAUUUGAGGAGCUGUUCAUCCCAUUUCCUUUCAGGCUCCAGAGUAAUCAGGCUGCGUAUGCAUGCAUCACCAGAGCCCUGCCCAUCCCCAGCUCCAAAAGUGAAAUCCAGCAAAUAUCCGACAAAUGGUUGCUCCAUUCUGUGCUGAUGCUGGUCCAGUCUUGGAUCGAACCUUUGGCCUACCUGCAGAUGACAAUGGAACGCUACGAUCACGCCUCUGACAUGCUGCUCAACAAGACAAAGUGGGUGUCUGAGAAACUUAGCAGUCUGGAGCAAGGUGUGGUGGUUCUCAUCAAGAAGAUGCUGGAUGAGAGCACGCUGUCCACAGUUCAAAGUGAUCAAGGUACAGUCCAGAAUGAUGUGCAGCCAGAGGUGCUGGAAUCUGUUUUGCGUGACUACUCCCUGCUUACUUGCUUCAAGAAAGAUGCCCAUAAGAUGGAGACUUUCCUCAAGCUUCUCAAGUGUCGUCAAACUGACAAAUACAACUGUGCAUAAAACAUGAAGUUCAGCUUUUAAAUAAUGCAGUGUUUAGCUUUAAAUGAAUUUCUGAGUUUGCUAGUGUGCACUUAAAGAUAUGACCAUGCCUUGGGCGCUUUAGCUGUGCUUGUAAUGCAUUGCAUUUCUUAUUGAUUGUUUUGGAACACCUUCACACAAAAAUAAGUAGGUGUAAUGCUGUGCCCUUUCUUAACCAUGUGUUGCAUUUUUAGAUUUUUUUUUUCUUUAUCUCAGUUGCUAUUUUAACCUGGCACAGGCAAAAGAAGGCAAACUCCCAAAAGAUCAUUUGUGUGUCGAGCUGUCAAAAAAAUCUGCAUAUCCUGCUAUUGAUUUCCAUUUCCUUUGUUCUUAACCGGAGUUGGUAUUCCGCGCUGGCUCUUGCAGUGUUUUGAUUAUACCGGUGGUCCCUAGAGUAUUCAGCGAACCUCCCUUGUUGAAUGGAGUGGGUUUCACUUCUGCAUAAGAAAAUGUAAUGAUUUUGCUGAAGAAGAGGGUCUCUCUAACUCUGCUCCACAAAAAAUAUGUAAACAUGAAAUAUAGAUGGCAGUAACUUAACUAACCAGUACAGCUAAAGACAGCUGCGAUGCACCUCUACAACUAAAUGUACCUGAUCAAAAAAAAAAAAAUUAUUUUAAAACAUCCUGUCUUAAACCUUUCCAGAAAUGAACUAUUUCCACUCCUGUUGUUUUGUGUUGAUAUGUUUAAUGCAAAAUACAGUUUUUUCUGCUUUCUGAAUACUGUACUGUGAUGUAUUGUGAGCACUUCAGUUGUACAUUGCUGUGUGUUUUAGUGGCAAAUAAAGCAACAAAUAAAAUUA